AUGCCUGCCCUGAUAGUGGAACGUAUUUUAAAUUCUCGAAUACUGGUGCUCACCUUCAUCAACUGCUGGGACGUGAAAUGGGCUACAAGAGUACAAGAUGUCUUCACCUAUGCAAAAUUGCUGGCCCUCUUCAUUAUUAUCGCCGCCGGAGCAGUGCAGUUGUGCAAAGAGGUCUCUCCUGAGAAUCAAUUACGCGGCGAUCCGCGUGGAUUGAAGAGCUCUUCUGCUCCACCAGCUCCAUCGCUCGCUGCCACCGGCAGACUUCACCCUCCUCCUCAUCUUCCACAUAAUUAG